GGAAGUGAGUCACAACACAACGGAAUUUUCCCGGGGGACCUUAAAAGAUGCUGUACCAGCUGUGUACAAAGGACAAUAAGUGGCAAACAAGCUUCUGAAAAUUAUGGCUGUCUUUGAGAGAUUGACCCGGCUGAAGUCCACCAGCAGGUUUCUACGAUACACCACCAGUCUGUGUCCAGCACACCCAUGCACAGCAACAGCACGGAUCCAGCAGAGACGGGUCCAUGGCGGAGGAUCUGAGACCCCAAGUGCUGCUCCUCCUCGGCGGCCUUUCUCUCAGGUGACCCCGGCUGACCUGGACUUCUUCACGCGGCUUCUGCCGGGGAGGACCAUCACAGACCCGGAUGUGCUGGAGUCCAGCAACGUUGACUGGCUGAAGUCAGUGAAAGGUAGCAGUGAAGUUCUAUUAAGACCCAAAACUACAGAAGAAGUCUCUCAGAUACUCAGGUACUGUAAUGAGUGGAACCUGGCGGUGAGUCCUCAGGGUGGGAACACGGGGCUGGUGGGAGGCAGUGUUCCCGUGUUUGAUGAGAUAAUUCUCUCCACAGCACUCAUGAACCAGGUCCUCACCUUCGACAGCAUCUCAGGUAUCCUGACGUGUCAGGCUGGCUGUGUUUUGGAGAACCUAUCUCAGUACCUGGAGGAGCGAGACUUCAUCAUGCCGCUGGACCUGGGGGCAAAGGGAAGCUGCCACAUCGGAGGGAAUGUGUCCACCAAUGCUGGUGGCCUGCGGCUGUUGCGCUAUGGCUCCCUCAGAGGAACAGUGCUGGGGUUGGAAGUGGUGCUGGCUGAUGGCAGAGUAUUGGACUGUCUUUCCACACUGCGUAAAGACAACACAGGCUACGAUCUGAAGCAGCUCUUCAUAGGUUCUGAGGGAACGCUCGGGGUCGUCACUGCUGUGUCCAUCCUGUGUCCUCGCAAACCCAAAUCUGUCAAUGUGGCCUUCUUAGGGUGCUCCAGCUUCGAAAACCUGCUGGAGACGUUUCAGAUCUGCAGGGGGAUGCUGGGAGAAAUCCUCUCUGCGUUUGAGUUCCUGGACGCCUCUUGCAUGAGCCUUCUGGAGGAACAUCUCAAGCUCACAAAUCCCAUCACAGAAAGCCCGUUCUACAUUGUUAUUGAGACUGCUGGAUCCACCCCAGCCCACGAUGAGGAGAAACUGCACAACUUCUUAGAUACAGUCAUGGCUUCUGCACUUGUAAUAGACGGCACAGUUGCGACAGAAGAGACUAAAAUUAAGGCUCUCUGGUCCAUGAGGGAGCGGGUGACGGAGGCCCUGAGGCAUGAUGGGUACACCUACAAGUAUGACGUCUCCCUGCCUGUGGAGAAGAUCUAUGAUCUGGUCACUGACAUGAGGAAGCGUCUGGGAUACAGAGCCAAAAGCGUGGUUGGCUACGGACAUGUUGGUGAUGGCAACCUCCACUUGAACAUCACGUCUCCCAUGAAGGACCCAGCGCUGCUGGCGGCGAUUGAGCCGUACGUGUACGAGUGGACGUCCGGGUGCCAGGGCAGCGUCAGCGCGGAGCACGGCCUGGGCCUGAAGAAGAGGAACUACAUCUACUACAGUAAAUCCCCUGAAGCUGUGACUCUCAUGGGUGAUAUCAAGGCCAUGCUGGAUCCUAAAGGGAUUCUUAACCCUUACAAAACACUACCAGACAGCGUUCGCUGAGCCCAGGUUCACCCGAGCUUUAGGCAGAGCUUUUUUUUCAAUACUCGUCUAGUUCUGAGAACUGGGGCUGUGACCAGGGCUGGCCCAGAUAACUUGUCGUCCUGAAGAAAUGAUUGGUAUUAAUUUGUCUGUUUGUUUGUCUGAAACUGGAUGCAAACUACAAUAGUUUGUCACUAAAGGCCACUAGAUUUAACACAUUGUUAUGUAUCAUAAAUCCAUGAGCACCAAUAAACUGCAGUACGUUCAGCAUACUGUGUUUUUCGCACUAUAAGGCACACUUAAAAUCCUUUAAUUUAAAAAAAAAUCGUCAGUGCGCCCUUAUGUAUGAAUUUUACCAGUCAGGUUAUAAGAAGCAUUAAAGAGUACAGAGUUAUUGUUUAAUUCUAUAGUUUCGUUCUCCAGCACAGACACUCGAGACUGGGGCAGUAUUAGCAUUAGCUGCUAACCACACUAAGUAUUAGCUCGUUAUCCAUUCAGAGGUGAGUAUUAUCAGCCUGGAGCCUGCUGCUAACCCUGGCUAGCACUGCUGGAGCAGCAUUAGCAUUACCCGCUAAACACGGUAAGCACUAGUUAGCUUUUUCACCAUUCAGUUAUGUGGGACAAACAGCUAGCUAAUAUCGCCCUGGCUUACCGGAACACUUCAGUGCUCUUCAGGGCUCUUCAGUGUAGCUCUGUCCUUAGUGUAGUGCUGUUGGGCGGCAUAUGCUGCUGCACCUAGCCUUAGUGUGAAUCUGGAAAUCUAAUCUUACUGUAAAUAAACGAAAGCGCUUUACUCACCCAAAUAAACAGUUGUCAGGAGAGAAAUCUGUGUAGAUUACCAGCUAGCGCUCAUUUGACAUUAAAAAUAAUGCUUCUUAUAAUCUGGUAUAUAAAGCCUUAUAGUGCGAAAAAUACGGUCAUCAUAGAAGCGCUUGAAAUUACUGUACAAUGUACAAAAUGCUCUUUGCACAAUUUGCAGUAAGAGACUGAUGAACCAUGAAGGCAUGACAGGUCUUAUGAAAUACAUACACCUUUAAGUUUUUUUAUUACACUGUGAUAAAUCAUGCUCAAGAUCAAAUUUGGAUUCGAAAACUCUACAAAAACUAAAUUUUUCUGUGUUUUGGAGGGUGUGUGCUUUCAGAAUAGUACAAUUCAGAUUUUAGCGAACUGAUGGAGACCUGCUUUUUGAACAACAAACAGUUAAAAUCACUUUAUAUUUAGGUCUAUGUUGGUCGUUGCACCUUUUUUGUUUUUAAAGUGUUUGACAUCAUACUUUUGGAGAGCUGUUAGCUCCCCUUGGUGGGGUGCCAUGCUUAUGCUAUCAUUUCAGGAUGGAUUUAUAUUUAUAUAUUUCUGCAAUGUGGAGAACAAAGACAGAAUCACGAAAUUGAGGAAUGAAUUAAGAUAUAAAUCACAGAAUGCAUAGAAAUACUGAAUACAAAAUUAGAAAAUCUCAUUUCCACAAACUGGGAAUUUGUUCUUUUUCUAUUUGUACUACAAAUCACACAAUGCUUCUGUUUUUUUUUGUUUUUUUUUGGCACACUAGCAUCAGGGUGUGUGUGCAUAUAGCCGACUAGCUGGUGUGGAAAUGUCCAAAUGACUUCCAGGUGCUUCCAGUAGCCAAAAGCAUAGAACAAAAUUUUUAAAUAAAAAAAUUCAGGGCACAACAGUACCAUGUGGUAUAUUUGAGUGAUUUGACUGAUGCUCAAAAACUGUAUUUAUUUAAUGAGGAAAAGCAUAGUCUUAUCAGUAUUCACAUUUAUUACAUUUAACUGAUGCUUUUAUCCAGAGCAACUUUAAGGGAAUCACUAAAAGGAGAUUUGUUUGAAAGAAAAAAAAGAAUUGCUGCAUUCGGACAAUUGGUAAGUUACAAAUUGCACUUUUAUUCAUAGAUGUAAUACAGUAUAUGUGCCAUGAGUCUAUUUUUCACAACUUUUCUUUAAAAUGUUUACUGUUGCUUAAUGUAACUGCAGCAGUUUCUGUAUAUACAAAGUUGCCAUUUGGUGUUGUUUGUUUAAGUCCAUUUAUGUAAUAAACAAAUAAAAUAAAAAAAAA